CAAGCGGAGUUUCGAAGAAUACGGGAACCAUGCCGGGAUCUCAAAUUUUGACAACCAAGUCAAGGCUCCCUCACAAAACACUCCACUUUCAGAACCAAGUCAAAGCUCACAAAACCGAAGAUAGAUCAUCAUCAAUCAUCAUCAUCAUCUGCACACAAUUCAAGAGUUCUUUCACCUCCCACUCCAUCCACUGAACUAUCCCAAUACUCAACCUACUUUCGUAUCAGAAAUUUUUUGACCAUGACCAACCAACAAAUUGAUCAGCACUUUGAGAGAUUCAUCCAAAAGCACUCACAUCCAUGCUACGAAGACUGGAUUGCAGAGUUACACCCAGAAGACGCCUCGGAAGGACUGCUUGGAUUGGGCCAGACUAUUAUCGAAUCAAAGUUCUACGAGGCUGAUAAUGAGUAUUUGAAGUACUGGAACAAGCAUUUAGAUUCGUCGAGGUUUCCGGUGCAGUCCAUUUCCAGUCACAAUGAUGGAAACAGCAGUGACGAGUCUGGCUUCCAUGAUGGCUACUACCGAGGCAUGGAUCUCUUAUCCGGCGGCGACAACGACGGAGACUCGCAAACAUCACCACAAUCCAAAGCCAAGCGAACUAAAGACGUGCAACUUGCACCUGGUGAAGAUCUGUUGAAGUUUGAUUAAGCUUGAAGGAACCAACAAAAAGGGCCGAGUAGUUUCGGUUUAGAAUGCACGUUAGAGAGUGUACACAGACAAUUAUUAGAAACAAAAUAGCAAAAAUAUCUCCAUU